CCUCGCGCUCCGUAGGUCGCCCCAGAGGACGGCGCCAAGCUGAGGGUGCACCUGCGGGUCCGACCCCUGACGCCGGCCGAGCUGGAGAAGCGGGAGGACCAGGGCUGUGUCUGCAUCGAGAGCUCAGAGACUCUCCUCCUGCGGGCGCCUACGGACUCCUUUGCUAUGCGCAGCACAGAGCGUGGUGUGGGCCAAGCCACGCACAGGUUCACCUUCACGCAGAUCUUUGGCCCAGAUGUUGGACAAAAGACGUUCUUUGAUGCAACCAUGAAGGAGCUGGUGCAGGAUGUGCUGAAUGGGCAAAACUGGCUGGUUUAUACCUAUGGCAUCACCAACUCGGGGAAGACUCACACCAUCCAGGGGAACAGCAAGGACGGUGGGAUUCUGCCCCGCUCCCUAGCGCUCAUCUUCAAUAGCGUGGGAGAGCAGCUCUACCGAGCCAUGGAUGUCAAGCCCUCACUCUCCAGCGAGGUGGCCUGGCUAGACAGCAGGCAGGUUCAACAAGAAGAGACCAAGAAGCUGGUCUUGCUGCAUGGGGGAUUACGGGAGGAGUUGCGGACUCCACUGAAGAGGAGCCACAACACCGAAUCCCAGCUCCAGGCUGCCACUAGUAGCAGUUAUGACAGUGGAGUGGGUGGCCUCUCGUCUACCAGCCAAUUUGCCAACCACUCUGAGAGCAGCCAACUGGACGGCUCUUGUUGGGCUGAUCCAGACUGUGUCUCGCUCCAUGCCUCAAGAGACGUGCAGUUCUCCAUAUGGGUCUCCUUUUUUGAGAUUUACAAUGAGCAGAUCUACGACUUGCUGGAGCCAGCUCUGCCUGGCCCGAACCGCAAGAGGCAGACGCUGCGGCUGUGUGAAGACCCAAGCGGCAAUCCCUAUGUCAGAGAUCUGAACUGGAUCCACAUCCAAGAUGCCGAUGAGGCCUGGAAGCUCCUAAAGCUGGGUCAGAAAAACCAGAGCUUUGCCAGCACUCACCUGAACCAGAACUCCAGCCGCAGUCACAGCAUCUUCUCCAUCAGGAUUCUUCACCUAACAGAGGGCAGCAGUGAGAUGGUCCCCAAAAUCAGCGAACUGUCCCUGUGUGACCUUGCUGGCUCAGAGCGUUGCAAGGACCAGAAGAGCGGGGACCGAAUGAAGGAGGCAAACAACAUCAACACCUCUCUGCACACACUGGGCCGCUGCAUUGCUGCCCUGCGUCAGAACCAGCAGUCCAGGCUGAAGCUGGUUGUGGUUCCCUUCCGGGACAGCAAGCUGACCCGUGUGUUCCAGGGCUUCUUCACAGGGCGCGGGCGCUCCUCCAUGAUCGUCAACAUUAGCCAGUGUGCAUCCAUGUAUGAUGAAACCCUGCAUGUGGCCAAGUUCUCAGCACUCGCCAGCCAGCUCGUUCAAGCUCCUGCAAAAGUGGUUCUCCCAUCUAUCCAGUCCAUCAUGAGGGAACACAGACGUUUUAGCCAGAGCUCAGAAGCAGGCCUAAAGCAGGAAAUGGAAUCUGAUGAAGAGGGUGGAGAUGAAGCAGAUGUGUCCUUGUAUGACAAGGAGGACUUGCUGCGUGUUGUGGAUGCUGCGCGGGAGCUGCUGGUGCAGGAAAGGCGGGAGAAGCUGCGUCUGGAAAUGCAGCUCCGGGAGGAGAUCUGCAAUGAGAUGGUGGAGCACCUGCAGCAGAAAGAGCAGUGGUGCAGCCAACAUGUGGAUGCCCAGAAGGAGCUACUGGAGGAGCUGUAUGAGGAUAAGCUGAGCAAUCUGAAGGAGUCACUAACAGACUAUUACCAGGAGGAGAUCAGGGAACGGGAUGAGAAGAUUGAAGAGCUGGAGGCUGCGCUGCAGGGGGCAAGGGUGCAGCUGGAGAACCUGGAGCUGAAGCAGCAGGAUGCUGGGCAAGAGGGCCUGCGCAGGUCAAAGCGAGUGGCAGCAUCUGCAACCUCUGUGCAACAGGAGCUGCUGGAAGCCAAAGCCAAUCUGGAGCAGUGUCAGUCAGAGCUGAGAACCACAACAGCAGAGCUACGCAAGUACCAGAGGCUGCUAGAGCCACCACCUUCUGCCAAACCCAUCACUGCAGAUGUGGACAAGAAGCUGGAGGAUGGACAGAAGAACGUGAGGCUGCUGAGAUCAGAGUUGCAUAAACUUGGGGAGUGUCUGCAGUCGGCCGAAAGAGCGUGUUGUCACAGCACGAGUGCAGGGAAGCUUCGUGAAACCCUCUGCACUUGCGAAGAGAUCCUGGCUAGACAGGACCAGACGCUGGCAGAGCUGCAGAACAACAUGAUGCUGGUCAAGCUGGAUCUACGGAAGAAAGCAGCCUGCAUUGCUGAACAGUAUCAUACUGUGCAGAAGCUCCAGGCCCCUCCAACAUCCACCUUGAAGAAGCGAUUCUGUGCCAACAGAGAGAACCUGCAGCCAAGCCAGCCUCCUGGCAAAAAGCCGUUCCUGCGCAACUUCCUGCCCUGCUCGCCUGCCCGUACAGGAGUGGCCGAGAGUGGCCCCUACAGCUGCAUCCUGCGAGCCCGUGGAACACCAGCACACAAGACCUUGCCCUUUGGUAAGAAGUAGAGUGGGGCCUGCGGGUUGGUUGAGCCUUUAAGGCAUAUUUUACUGUGUUUUAGCCACAUGUAUAUAAACGACUGUAUCUAGGGUAAUUCUUCAGGGCUUGUGUAGACACUGUGGGGGGUGACUACCAACAAGGGUUUUAGAUUGUCCACAUUGUGUCUCAGGCUAGCUGCUAUUCCGCUAUACAUGGAUCAGAGCCUCAAGCCCGGACUGCAAUAUAACCCUGCCUCUCUUUUUUUGUGUGUGUAUUCUGUUACAUUGUUUAUGCAUGACAAUAAAUGUCUUCUUACUGGCAGCA